UGUGAUGAAGGAUGAACAAGGCCGGCCGUUCAUCGUUGUUCGGGAUCAAGGCAAGAAGAAGAGACAGCAUGGUACUGAGGCCGUCAAGUCACACAUUGUCGCCGCGAAGACGGUUGCCAACAUCGUCAAGACAUCUCUGGGUCCCCGCGGUCUUGACAAGAUCCUCAUUUCCCCCGAUGGCGAUAUCACCGUGACGAACGAUGGCGCUACUAUUCUCGGCCAGAUGGAAAUCACAAACAACGUUGCCAAGCUUUUGGUUGAGUUGUCGAAGUCUCAAGACGAGGAAAUCGGUGACGGAACUACUGGUGUUGUGGUUUUGGCAGCAGCCAUGCUGGAGCAAGCGUCGGAACUCAUCGACAAGGGUAUCCACCCUAUCCGGAUCGCAGACGGCUACGAUCAGGCUUGUGAGAUCGCGAUUGCACAACUUGACAAGAUCAGCGAUGACAUUCCGUUCUCAAAGGAGGACACCUCCAACCUUCUGAAGGUUGCCAAGACGAGUUUGGGUUCCAAGAUCGUUUCCAAGUCCCACGAUCAAUUCGCCAAGAUUGCCAUCGAUGCUGUCCUCUCCGUGGCCGACCUCGAGCGCAAGGAUGUCGAUUUCGAGCUGAUCAAGGUUGACGGAAAGGUUGGAGGUGCUCUCGAGGACUCUCUCCUCGUUAAGGGUGUUAUUGUCGACAAGGACUUCUCUCACCCUCAGAUGCCGGAUGAGGUCCGGGAUGCUAAGCUGGCUAUCUUGACCUGUCCGUUUGAGCCCCCGAAGCCCAAAACCAAGCACAAGCUCGACAUCACAUCCGUGGAGGAGUUCAAGAAGUUGCAGGACUACGAGAGGGAGAAGUUCACAGAGAUGAUCCAGAACUUGAAGGAUUCCGGAGCCAACCUGGUCAUCUGCCAGUGGGGUUUUGAUGACGAAGCCAACCACCUUCUGCUCCAGAACAAACUCCCUGCUGUCCGCUGGGUCGGUGGACCCGAGAUUGAGUUGAUCGCUAUCGCCACGAACGGUCGCAUUGUUCCUCGCUUUGAGGAUCUGAGCCCCGAGAAGCUUGGUACUGCCGGUCGCGUUCGCGAAAUGACCUUCGGUACUACCCGGGAGAAGAUGUUGGUGAUCGAGGAGUGCGCCAACAGCCGUGCCGUCACGGUCUUCGUACGAGGAAGCAACAAGAUGAUCAUUGACGAGGCCAAGCGUUCGCUACACGAUGCUCUUUGCGUUGUGCGCAACCUUGUGCGCGACAACCGUGUCGUCUAUGGUGGUGGUGCUGCCGAAAUUGCCUGCUCCAUCGCUGUUGAGGAUGCUGCUGUGAAGAGCCCUGGUAUUGAGCAGUACGCCAUGCGCGCGUUCGCCGAUGCCUUGGACGCUAUCCCCUUGGCGCUGGCCGAGAACUCCGGUCUGAGCCCCAUCGAGACCCUGGCUUCGAUCAAGUCGCGCCAGGUCAAGGAGAACAACUCCCGCUUGGGUGUCGACUGCAUGCUGACUGGCAACAACGACAUGAGAGAGCACUUCGCCAUCGACCCCUUGAUCGGCAAGCGCUCGCAGCUCCUGCUCGCCACCCAGCUUUGCCGCAUGGUUCUUAAGAUCAACAACGUCAUCAUCUCCGGUGACGAUGACCAGGAAUUCUAGAUUUCUUGUAUACAGGAAUGUAAUUUUCUUUUUCUUUGUUCAUUCUGCUGGCUAAAAGAGAGUCCACCACCUUUGGCGUUUACAGUCACAACGGGGCUUGAGAUGAUAAUCCUAUUUACUUUCUACAAUAUAUGUUCCUCUCGGCAGGAGUAAUGAACAAACUAAGGUGGUGCGUGAUGUGGUGUCAGUAUGAUUGUUGGUACAUAGAGAAAAAUCUACGGGAGUCAACAAAGUACAAUAAAUAUCCA